UCCGCCCAACUGCCAAUACCUAUCUCCCUUCCUUCUUCCCACCAAAAACAGGUAAUAGAAAAAUGGCAACCUCUUCCAUUCUAACUAAAUCCUUCUUCCCUCCUCUCUCUUCUUCUCCGUCGUCGACGUCGUCUUCAACCACCAGUCUCGCCCCUCCCAGUCCCAACAGAAAGAAACCCAAUUCACCUACGGCCGUCCUCUGCAAGGCGGCCCACAAUACAGCCCGUCGGAGCCUCACCGUCGGCUUCGCUGCCCUUGCCGCUUCUUUUGCAGGAAAAGGCUUCUUUGAUGCCAAUGCGGCCGUCUUAGAGGCCGACGAUGAUGUGGAGCUCUUGGAGAGAGUGAAGAAGGACAGGAAGAAGAGGCUCCAGAGGCAAGAGGUCAUCAGUUCUUCCAAGAAAGAGACAGCAUAUCUCCAAGAGCUUGUAUACAAGCUGAGCAAAGUGGGCCAAGCCAUAGAAAACAACGAUCUCUCAGCCGCAAGUUCUGUUCUUGGUCCAAAUACCAAUUCCGAUUGGGUCAAGAAUGUUAAUAAAGCUUUUACCAAGCUGAGCUCCGGUCCUGAGGAGAUGACAGAGGUUGACACAUUCAAUUCUUCCUUAGCUUCACUGAUAUCAUCAGUUACAAAAAAAGAUGUCGAAUCUUCCAAAAAGGCUUUCGUGUCAUCCGCAAGUGCAUUGGAGAAAUGGACAGCUUUGACAGGAUUGAUCGCACAGCUCAAAGGCCUCUGAUAUGGAGGGAUGAGAUGGAUCCAUGUUAGCACACCUCAAGUUCAUUGCCCUUAUGAAGUGGGGUUUUUUGGUUGAGGGUGAAUGUUCUCAGUUCCCAGUACCCAGUUCCCAGUUCCAUCCCAUUUACUUCGCCUUCUUCAGUGUCACGACGCAGUUUUGAUGAUUUAAGUCUUGAGAAUUGACGAUUUUAAUUGUUUUAUUCGGUUUGAGUUUUCGUUUUUUAAAUUUGUUUAUUGCUUGCUUGACUCAUGUUUUGGUUUCUUGGUACUUUCACCUGUGUCAAACAACUGUUCUUGCAGUUACCUGCGGAUGGAAAUGGAAUUCAAUUUGAGUUAGGAGAUGUUUGUAACAAA